AUGGCUUCGGCAACAUUUGCCAUCGAGGGUGCUAUCGAAGCCAUUGAACAAGAUGGGUUUUACUAUAUGGAGGACCCUGUCAUAGGAGAUCGGAUUGCCCAGAUGGAUGCAACACAAUCCCCUUUCUGGUCUUCCAGUGAUGCAGGUCUCGAGUUUUAUCGCCUCAGCGUGUUCCAGGAUGAGCGCAUCAAAUCCAUCCUCGAGUCCUUUUUUGAACGGUGCGCUCUGGGUGAUUACCGGAGACUCGGCCAAGACCGAGGCCAUGUCUUUCAGCUCAUGCGAGGCGGUGCGAGCACAUGUGUCUUGAGUAUUCAGCUCUGGGGCAUGGGAUCGAAGGCCGUCUAUUACCGUGGCUCGCACAAAGCGCCGCAGGAGAUAUUGGGCAGUGUUCGUGCAGCAAAUCGUAUGUGGGAAGUCGCUCGAGCCAGGCUAGAGCGAGCAGGCUGCGAAGCCAAGGAGAUCGAGUUUGCAAAUGGUGGAAUCGUCAUCAUGGACUCUCGAAUCGCUUUCGAAGCCUACCAGGGAUCUCCAGUUACGUGCUCUUUCGCCACAGAAAGUCGAUUGUCAAAGUGGCGGAGGUUGGACCGUCCUCGUUCCCAAGGUGCGGCAGGACGGGUUGCCGCCUUACAGAGCGAAAGAAUUGGCGUGUACUUUGAUACUGAAGACGAGCGAACGGGCCUAGUGGAUUGA